UCCUCUAACAUGGCUCGGCCAAUUAUUAUUCUGUGGAAACUAGUUAUAUUACUGAAUUUGGUGAACCUUUCAUUACAAAAAGACCGCAAGGUUGUCAUUGAGCAUGAAAAAAUGUUUUCCGACUGUGAAAUCAUUCCUCCAGGCUUUGUUACCGAAGAUAAGUUCCUUGACAGGUCGAAGCUUACCUUUAAAAGGGGCGGUGAUGGUCUGAUUACCGUAUCAGGAAAUGCAACGUUUGUGUGGGAUAUUCAAUCUUCUGAUCGAAUUGAGUUGGACUUGUCCUUAUGGAAAUUUGAACGAGGCAAAUGGAAACCAACGCCUUACAAUUCGAUUGUAAAAGAUUUUUGCAAGGUCCUGCAUGAUAAAAACCAACCGCAUUAUUCCUAUACAAUUGCCCAUGUAUUGAACAAAGAUUAUACAAAGGAUAGGUGUUUCACUCCUGGGACUACAUAUGAGUUUGAGCCCUAUAAAGUGAAAAUAGCCAUGGGAAUGGCACCAAUAGCUCCUGGGCAUGCUUUUAUAGCAUUAUAAAAUAUUCUGCAUAUGACUCCAACGAAGUGAAGCGACCAAAUCCGGCAUGUCUAGAAAUUACAGGAGACCUUUCUUAAGAGCGAUC